AUGAACGUUCCGAUUCAGUCGACUGCACAGAACAUGAGCAUUUUCAACUCAGAUAUCCAACCUUACGUCGUAGAGAGUAUUUCAAGAUAUAGUAUUCUGCUUCAAAACGCUGAAAUGCGAACUUAA